AUGACGUUUGUCAUACAGUGUACAUAUGCAUGUCAUAGCAAGGAAAGUAGUUUGGAACACUAUGAAGAGAAGGAGAAUGCAGUCACUACAGUUUUUGAUGAUGGCGAUGAGAAGACACUCCGGCGUUCUUCACUUUGUCUAAAAGGCGAGCGUCACUUUGCAGAAAGCGAGACUCUUGAUCAGCUGCCACUUACAAACCCAGAACAUUUUGGAACACCUGUUAUUGCAAAGAAACCAAGCAGGGGCAGAAGAACUAACAAUGUCCCCGAAGAGGAAUCAUUGUCGUCAUCUUCCAGUGACGAAGGUGAAGAUGAUCAGAGACUUGAAGAUGAGCUACUGGGAAAAGUAGUCUGGGUGGAGAGUGCCUAUACUGACAGGAGAGCUUGUUGGUACCCAGGUCUUGUAAUCUGUUCGGACUGCAAUGAUGAGAUUGUAGUGAAAAGGGACAGUGUUCUGGUUCGGUCCUUCAAGGAUGGAAAAUUUACCUCUGUUCCAAGAAAGGAUGUUGCUCUAAUAAACAACCAGAUGGUACCAAAAACUGAUAAAGACACUAUGCAAGCCUUAGAUCAUGCAUACGAAUUUGUAAAAAAUGGAUCUAUACCAAGUGUUUGGAAAAUGGAAUUAAAAGAAGAGAGCUCCAGUAGUGAAGAAGAUGAAACUGAUGAGGAAGAUGAUGAUGAUAAAGACAAGGAAGAGAGCAGUGAUGAGGAAGAAGUGGAGCCAUUUCCAGAGGAGAAGGAGAACUUCUUGCACCAGCUGUAUAAGUUUAUGGAAGACAGAGGGACUCCAAUCAACAAAAGGCCUGUUCUUGGAUACAUGAAUUUGAAUCUUUUCAAGUUGUAUAGACUUGUGCAUAGAUUGGGAGGAUUUGAUAAUAUUGAAAGUGGAGCAGUAUGGAAGCAAGUGUAUCAAGACCUUGGAAUACCAGUGUUGAAUACUGCAGCAGGCUACAAUGUAAAGUGUGCAUACAGAAAAUAUUUGUAUGGGUUUGAAGAGUACUGCAGAUCAGCUGACAUUCGAUUCCAAAUGGCACUGCCAAAGAAAAUCUCACUGAAACACAGUAAAGAGAACACACAACAAAAAGAAUGCAUAUCAGAACCUAGUCUAGAAAACAAAUCCAAAAUAUUGGAAGUCGUGGAGCAAGUGGAAGAACACAAAGAAUAUGAGAGCGAGAAGAAAGAACAUACCAGGUUUUCUGAGGAGAAAAAGAAAAUUAUACAUGAGUGUGCAAGUUCUGUUGACUUGGAUAAGGAAAAGGAGAGUAAAAAAGGAGAAAUGGAUUUUGAAGAUCAUACAGAAGAACCAAAAUGCCAAGCAGAAGAGAUGCAUCAAAGUACAAAUACUAAUAUAAAAGAAGAGCCUGAACAAAAUGAAAAAUCAAGGGAUGAAGGCAGCAAGGAGGAAGAGGAUGAUCAGGAAGCUGAGGAUGAGGAGGAGUUUGAAUGCUACCCUCCUGGUGUGAAGGUCCAGGUACAAUAUGGCCGUGGAAAGAACCAGAAACUUUAUGAAGCAACUAUUAAGGAGUCUGAUCUCGAGGGUGGAGAGGUUCUGUACCUAGUACACUACUGUGGCUGGAAUGUGAGGUAUGAUGAAUGGAUAAAGGCAGACAAGAUAAUACGGCCAGUUGAUAAAAAUGUGCCAAAAAUAAAACAUCGGAAGAAAAUUAAGAAUAAACUGAACACAGAAAAAGAACUGGCAGAGGAUGAAGAUGAAAGUCUUAGUAGUGCUGACCUUCAGUACUUAUCAAGAUCUUUAUCUCAGAAUUUGUCAGACAAAUCUGGGACAAAACUGGAUGUUGAAACCAAAAACUUAGAUCCGUUGGCAAUGAAGUCUACUGAGACUGCAGUUAUGCUUAAUGGGAUACCAGAGAUGAUGAAGAACGAUGCAGCACAAGGAAAAAACUUUUCAGAGUGUUCCAGUGAAGAUACUGAACAGGAGGAGGAUUUCACAUUUCAGGAUACAAACAGCAAUGCAAAUACAGAAGAUUUGAAGGAUGCAGUCAUGCACAAAGACGAUGUAUGUGAUUCACAGCAAACAGAAGAACAUUUAAAUUUGCACGUGGGCAACAAAGACUUUGAUUCAGUUCUGUCAGGAACACUUAAAGACUCUACAACAGAGUUUCAUCAGGAGCAAGAGACCUUAUCAGAAGAAGAUUCUGACCACGAGCAGUUACUUGGACAGAGGAAAAAACUGCAAAAUGAUCAGUUAGAAAAAACACAGGUCAAAGUGAGCAAAAGGAGAUGUGUGCAUACACAAAACUGGUUAAAAACAAGCUCUUCUGAUAGGAGGACUAAAAGGACAAAAGGGAAAGAAUUGUAUAUUAGCAUGAACAGCAGUAGUUCAGAAGAGGAAGCAGAUGGGACAAAUAAAGGAAAGUUUUCUUCCUCCAGAAAAUAUAAUGGCAUAGAUACAAAAACAAAGCCUGUAAGAACAUUAGGGUUUUUUUCUGCAUUCUCUGAAAUUCCCAAUAAAAGACUGAAACCACAUAAUAGUUCAGAGGAACGAAUGCAAAAUACUAGGGCUAAGGACCGGAAAGAUGUGUGGUCUAGUAUUAAAGGACAGUGGCCUAAAAAGAUACUUAAGGAGCUUUUCUCAGACUCAGACACAGAGACUGCUGCAUCCCCUCCACAUGAAUCAGUAGAAGAAGUUGAUGCAACUGUUCAAGUUGAGCCCGUUACAGAAGAUAAAACUCCCAGUGCCACUGUCACAGAAGUAUCAUUACCAGUUAUUACUGAUAUGAAGUCCAGUGAAGACAAAGCAUUAGACAUAAGUGAUAAAAAAAAUGAUUUUCCAAGCAGUGGUAGUAAUUCCUUGCUAAAUACACCUCCAGCUACACCAGAGUCGCCAUCUGCUCAAAAUGUGUCAGAGCCAUGUCAAAAUCUGCCACUCGUCACUGUUCCUCCUCAUGCCUUGCCUACCAACCAGGAAGAUGUACAAAGUAUUAGGAGUGAAACUGAUAGUACGGUUGAAGUAGACAGUGUAGUUGGGGAAAUGCAAGAUCUGCAAUCUGAAGGAAACAUUUCUCCAACUGGAUUUGAUGCCAGUGUUAGUUCCAGCAGUAGCAAUGUACCAGAAACAGAGCACAAGGACAAAGUUCCCACAUGCCAAAAACGAUUUAAAGAUGCUCAGGGAGGAGGCUUAACAAAGAAACUGAAACAAGGCCACAAGUGUUCAGGAGUCCUUAGCAGGAUCAAGUCUGUAAACAGCAGUGAUAGUGAAGACUUGUCUAGCCCUGAAAGUUCAGUCAAAUCUCCACAAGUAAAAGCAGUUUCUUUGGAAAUAAACGCACACCACCAGAUCACAAAGUCUCCGUCUAGAACACAAGUAUCAGUAAAAUGUGCUAAGAAUGGAGAAAAGAAUUUGGACCUGAAGGACAGCCACUUGACCAAAGCACAUAAAUGGAGUUUUGAAAUGGCUGAUCUCGAGAGAAUGACAGCAGAAGAACGUAUAACAUUCCUACAAGAGAAGCUGCAGGAGAUUAGGCAACAUUAUUUAUCUUUAAAAGCAGAAGUAGCAUCUAUUGACAGAAGGAAAAAACGCUUAAAGAAGAAAGAAAGGGACAGGGCUGCUGUAACAUCGUCAUCCUCCUCUUCACCUUCUUCCAGUUCUCUCACUGCUGCUGUAAUGUUAACUUUAGCUGACUCAUCUGUGGCAAGCUCAACACAAAAUGGAGUUUCUCUAGAGUGUAGGUGACAAAAGGACAUAGAAGGGCACUCUGCACUUAAUGGAGUCUAAACCAGAAUUUCUGGUUUGUUUUCUUUUUUUUUCAGACUGCACAGUGGCACAAAAAUCAAGCAAGCACUAUUUUGUAUUUUAAAGAUGUUUCACAAUGAGCUAACUCUGCACUUAAGUGCACUUUUGUGAAGAAAAUGGAGUACAGAGGACUGGUUUUCUUCAAGCAAUAAUUGUCUCCAGCAUGUUUAGGAUGUUUGUUCCAAGAUCUGAAGGCCUUCCACUGUGGCAAAAGAAGGCCAUACACCUUGGCUGCCUAUUAGACUUAUUUUAAUAACUGUAUAUUCAUCAGCCAGUUUUAUAAGCUAAAUUGCUUACACCUGUUUCAACUGUGAUGUCAGAACUGGACCAUUUUUGAAUCAUCUGUUUCUUUUACUGGAUCUCUGGAUCAUCAGCUCACUUUGUGUGCUACUCUUUCCCAACAGUAAAGUGGCUUUAAACAUGUACCUCAGAAUGCCAGACUAACAGUGGUUGUUUGUAUUUUAUUCAGAUCUGUUUAGACACCAGAUCUUUGCAUCAUAACCAAAUGCUUCACAGUUAAAUUUACUUCAGCUGCCUAGUGUUUACAAGCUUGACAUGGACAAUUGUAUUCUGGUUUCAGUGAUCUGUUGCAGUCACUUUAUAUAUCCCAUUUUUGUAAUGGCACUGAUAUUUUACAUUAAGAAAAUGGUUAUCAAGUUGUAUUCAAACAUCUCAAGUAAAGCAACACAUUUCAUUUAGCCAGUUUCAAAUAUUUAUUCAUGAAAGUUUCCACUCCCUUUAAGUUGAAAACUGAUUUCUCUUAUAAUGAGAGAUUGAAAAGGCAAGUAGUGUGCUGCUGGUAUUUUGUACUACCAGAACAGAAGGAACAGGAUUUUUUGUUUUGUUUUUUAACUUGUUUUUAUGUGGCAGUAUUAUGGGUUGGGGGAAAACUGUUAGUUGCACAUAUGAAGUGAACUCAGAACUGUUUUCCUUUGUACUGAUUUCAUAUAAAAUGGUUCCGUUUUCCUUUGCAGUGGAAAUGCAGAUUUAGUUGUAUACAGCUUUGUAAUACACUUGUACAUUGAUGAAGUGUUUAUUCAUAAUAUUUAUACCUGACACUGUCAGUACAUGGUAAAUGUAUGGACUGUUUUACUGUUUUAAUUGUAGUUCUGUGUGUUGCAAGACUAGGCAGUUCUCUUUUUGUGUUCUGGCAGUAGAAUGUGAAAAAAAAUUGUUUGUAGAUAAUGUACUUUAAGUGUUAAAAUGAUUUACACAUAGUUUUUUAAAGAAAAGCUUAUUUGCUGUUUUCAUGUAUGCUCUUUAAAUUGAUUUUCUGAAAAUUUCCAUGUAUUCAACCCUGUAUAUGUCUGUAAAGAUUUAUUCAAGGACUCCUGUGUUCUUGGAAAUAAAAGCUGAAUAAAAGCUAAAUAAUAUUUAUUAGGUUCUACAGAGGAAGUAAGGUAAUGUAAUUUAUUGUACAAAUGUAAGCAAAGUGGCCUCCAUUUAAAAUAAAAUGCCAUAGUUUGUG